AAUAAGAAAAUAGAAAGAGAUAAAUGUUAUAGAAAUUCAAGGCAUUUUCAAGCCAACUUCUCCUCAUCUCUCUCUCUCUCUCUCUUCCAGUUGGGUACUUGGGAAGUGAGCUUCUGAGCUUUCUUCGGUCUUAUUACUGGCUGGGACGACCGCGGCUCCUCUUUUUUCCAAAAUCCAUACAUCCCUUAUCGGUAUAUGGAUAGCUAUCUCUCGAGCACAGGUCUAGGUUCGACUUCAGUGUGAGAAAAUAAAGCGGAGCAUCUAACAACGUAUCUUCACAGAUUUUAUGCCUUGAAGUCGGUAUCUUUCAUUCCUUUUUCACAUGCUCUUUUUAUGGGUCUAUUAGCAGUUUGCUCUCCGGCUACUUACUGUUGUAGUUUCAGUUAUACUUGUGUUUUUUCGGAGACUGUAUUAGCUAUUUCGAGUCAUAGAGAGUCAUUUAAAGAAAGUAGCUUUGGAAAUUUAAAGGUUUGCACAAAUGGGUACAUGAGAAGUAGGUCGGCAUUGAGGAAACAACAAAUAGGUUUAUGUGGGUGUGUUAUGAAAACCCGAAAGGAAGGGGAGGAACUAGCCAAGGAGAAGAAUAAAGUUGUGACAUUUUCAGAAGAUGUUAUGAGGGUUCUUAAGUCUACAACGGAUCCAAACUAUGCUUUUUCAUAUUUUAUGGUUGUUGCCGGGUUACCUUAUGUUGUUCACACCACCGAAACGUGCAAUUACAUGUUUGAAGUCUUGUUAACUCAUAAGAGGCUGGAGGAUAUGACUGCUGUUUUUGAUUUCAUGCAAAAGAAAACCAUUUACCGAAAUUUGAACACUUAUCUUACUAUAUUCAAAAGUCUUGACAUCAACGGUGGAAUUCGACAAGCACCAACUGCGAUUGAGAAGAUGAAAAAGGCGGGGUUUGUUUUGAAUGUUUGUUCGUAUAAUGAGUUGAUCUAUUUGCUUCUCCAGUCUAAGUUUUGUAAGGAGGCUUUGGAGGUUUCUAACAGAAUGGUCAUGGAAGGGAUGAAGCCAAGCUUGAAAACUUAUUCAACACUUAUGGUGGCAUUCGGGAAUUGCAGUGAUACAGAAACUGUAAUGGGGUUGUUAAAAGAGAUGGAACAUUUGGGAUUGAGACCUGAUACUUACACAUUUACCAUUUGCAUUAGAGUUCUUGGAAGAGCCGGGAAAAUCAAUGAAGCUUAUGAUGUAUUCAAGAGAAUGGAGAAAGAAGGAUGCGAGCCAAAUGUUAUUACCUAUACUGUUCUAAUUGGUGCUCUAUGUGAAGCAGGUAAACUCGGUAUUGCAAAGGCGUUGUUUGUGAAGAUGAAAGCUAGUAGAAGUCGCAAACCUAAUCGGGUAACUUACAUUACUUUUUUGAACAAGUUAAGUGAUUGUGGAGAGCUGGAAACAUUGAAAGAAAUUUGGAAUGAAAUGGAAGUUAAUGGUUUUGCUCAUGAUGUAGUUACAUUCACCAUUUUUAUUAAAGGUUUGUGUAAAGCAGGCAAUGUUGAUGAAGCGUUUCAUACUUUGGAUGUCAUGAAGAAGAAAGGUAUCUCACCGAAUCUUCUUACUUACAACACUUUGAUCGGGGGUCUAUCGAGGGAAAGUAGAUUGAAUGAGGCUCUUAAACUUUUCAAUAAGAUGAAAUCUUCAAGUGUCAUGCCUAAUGCAGUUACACAUAGUUUUCUCAUUUCGGGUUUGGCAAAAUUUAAUGGUGUGGAUGAGGCUAUAGACUUUUACUAUGAUCAUGUAGGUCGCGAUUUCUCCCCCGUUCCUCAUAUGUACGGCCCGCUCAUUGAUGGACUUUGUAAGUUAGGAAGACAUGAAGAAGCAAUGCUUUUGUUCGAGGAGAUGGCGGAAUAUGGUUGCAAACCUAACAUAGUGAUUUUCAAUAUUCUUAUAAAUGGAUUCGGGAAAAUAGGAGAUGUCGAAACUGCGUGUCAAUUGUUUGAAAAAAUGGUUAAAGAAGCGAUCAGACCAAACUUGAAGACUUACACAAUUCUACUGGAACCUUUAUGUCGUUUAGGAAAAAUUGAUGACGCUUUGUUUUACUUUGAAGAACUAAAGCGAACUGGCCUUAGUCCGGAUUUAAUUUGCUAUAACCAUUUGAUUUACGCACUUGGAAGAUCACGAAGAGCAGAGGAAGCUCUAUCGCUCUACACCGAAAUGUGGAGUAGAGGGAUUUUUCCUGAUCUUUGCACAUACAAUAAUCUAAUACUCAGUCUUGGGAUUGCAGGAAUGGUUGAACAAGCUGUGGUUGUAUAUGAAGAACUACAAAGUAAAGGUUUUGAACCUAAUGUUUCUACCUACAAUGCUCUCAUUCGAACUUACAGCUUAUCUGGUAAUCCUGAUCGUGCUUAUGCAAUUUAUGAGAAAAUGAUAGUUGGUGGUUGCAACCCGAAUGAAGAAACGUUUAAACAACUUCCUAUGCAAACAUGAGUGAUUCCUUUUUUUUAAAAAAAUUAUGGAUAAACAUAAAAUUUCUUGUAAUGGUAUGAGAGUUCAAAUGUAGUUAUUAAUUAUACUAUAAUGUGUAAUCAAAAAGUAAUUUAAAAAUAUCAUAGAUUUUUGUUGUUAAUUGGAGAGAUGCUUUUCAUACUAUCUAAAAAUUAUCUAAAUUUUAAUUUUCUUUUUGUUGUCUUUUUUGAAUGUUUAAAUUCA